CCCUCCUGAGCAGCGAUGGGGGCAGGUUGGAUCCUGGGGGCUGGGAGCCACUGGGCUGGGGCUCUGCUAGUGAUAGUGACGGUGCUGAGAACCCACCUGGCUCAUUGCACGGAGCCCGCAGGGCGGGUCGUGUUCCAGGCGAAGUCUGACUGUCACUUCACCAACGGCACCGAGCGGGUCCGGUUCCUGGACCGGCACAUCUACAACCGGCAGCAGCUCGUGCACUUCGACAGCGACGUGGGGGUGUAUGUGGGGGACACAGAGCUGGGGCGGGACCAGGCCGAGCUCUGGAACAAGAACCCGGCGAAACUGGCGCACGCGCGGGCUGCGGUGGACACGUUCUGCCGGAACAACUACGAGGCGGCGCAGAUGGGGAAGAUGGUCGGCCGCACAGUUCAGCCCAAGGUGAAAGUUUCCCCCACGAAAUCAGAGUCUGAGCCCCACCCCCACCUGCUGGUUUGCUCCGUGACGGGGUUUUACCCCGGGGGGAUCGAGAUCAAGUGGCUGAAGAACGGGCAGGAGCAGACGGCUGGGGUGGUGUCCACGGAGCUGCUCCAGAACGGAGACUGGACCUUCCAGAUCCUGGUGAUGCUGGAGAUGAGCCCCCAGCGCGGGGACGUCUACACCUGCCAGGUGGAGCACAUCAGCCUGCGGGGCCCCAUCGCCGUGCGCUGGCGGUAA